AUGGCCGCAUACUCGGCCGCAAAGGCCAUCAAUACGCACGACAUCACCGACAAGGCUCGCCGGGAGUUGCUCCAUGUUCUCGAGACGGUCCGAGGCAAGAAGAACAUUGUGCUUGAAAAGUCAUUGGCUGGAACCAUUGGCUUGAUCGUCAAGUUCAGCACUCUGCAAGAAUAUGGCGUGGACAAGCCCUUUUUCCUCGAGAAUCACAAUAUCGAUUCCAGCCAGCGGAACAUUGUGUUCAUGGUUCGGGGAGAAGAUGCAAACAAGAUCCGCAUGGUAGCAGAACAGAUCAAGCUCGUGCGAAGUGAAAGCAAGAUUGAUCAUGAAUUUACCAUAAUAUGGGUACCUCGCCGAACCAUGGUCAGCAACAUGGUGCUAGAGGAGCACGGGGUGUUGGGCGAGGCGAACAUUACAGAACUCGCGCUCCACUUUGUCCCGCUGGAGGAGGAUCUUCUAUCGCUGGAAUUGGAGGAUGCCUUUAGCGGGCUUUGUUUGAGAAAGGAUCCCACCAGCAUCUUUUCAUCUGCAAAAGCCCUGAUGCUGCUUCAAAAGCAGUAUGGUCUCUUUCCAAGGAUACUUGGAAAAGGCGACAAUGCCCAGCGACUGGCCGAGUUGCUCCAACGCAUGCGGAAUGAGGAAGAUGUCAAUGCAUCCGCAGAUCCAAACAAUGCCUACCUUACCUCCUUCGGACUGACACCAAGUUCGCUGGUGGAGAAUCUAAUCAUAAUCGAUCGCGAGGUGGACUUCCCCACCGUGCUAUCGACGCAGCUCACAUACGAGGGAUUGCUGGACGAAGUGUUUGGCAUUGCCAACAACAAUACAGAGGUCGAUUCCUCAAUCCUUGGUGGAGCACCAGCACCAUCCCAGCCACAGAACGGAUCCGCACCGACAGCAGCAACCAAGCGGAAGAUUUUGCUAGACAGCAGCGACAAGCUCUACCCAGAGCUUCGCGACAUGAACUUUGCGACGGUCGGACCUACACUAAACAGAACGGCACGCAGACUGGCGUCCGACAGCGAGGCCAUGCACAGCAAAGAUCAGACGGUAGCCGAUUUGAAGAACGUCGUACAAAAGCUUCCCUCCUACCAAGCCGAGUCCGCAAGUCUCAAAAUCCACACCAGCCUUGCCGAAGAGGUCAUGAAAGUGACACGAAGUGAGAGCUUCGGCCGCAUGCUAGAAGUUCAGCAGAAUCUCCUCGCCGGCUCCGAUCCGAGCAGUCUCCAUGAGAACAUUGACGAGAUGAUCGCGAGGGACGCCCCUUUCGGGACAGUUCUCCGACUCCUCUGCCUGGAAAGCUGUCUCUCCAAUGGCAUUCGACAGCGUGAACUGGAUCACUUCAAGCGUCAGAUACUCCAAGCAUAUGGCUACCAACAUUCCCUCACCCUCUCCGACCUCGAGAAGAUGGGACUCCUCGUUCCAAGGGAGAGCCACCGAGGAUACCUCAAUCCCAUUGCAGGCAGUGCAGGACAGAGCGCCACAGACUGGAAUGCGGUGCGGAAAGGCCUGCAGUUGUGGGUUGAUGAAGUGCAAGAAUCCGAGCCCAACGACACUGCAUAUGUGUUCAGCGGAUACGCACCAUUGAGCGUCCGCUUGGUUCAGUCUAUCUUGCAAAAGUCGCAUGUGCAACAACUGGUCAAUCCCAAGAAUGCUGCUGCCGCACCUGGCGGGACGGGUUGGAAAGGUUUCGAAGACGUCCUCUCUCGCAUUCGAGGCGCGACAGUGGAUGUGACGCAGAAGGGGAGUGAUGCCGAUGUUUCGCAUGCACGCAAGACGCUCCGUGGGAACAAGGAAGGGCCCAAGGUUUCCAUUGUGUUCUUCUUGGGAGGCGUCACGUAUGCGGAAGUUGCAGCAUUGCGGUUCAUCAGUGAUCAAUUGGAGAAGGAUAGUGGACGGAAGUUGGUCAUUGGUACGACAUGCAUCAUCAGUGGGAAGAAAGCGAUUGAGGUGGCGGUGGAGAAGAAGACGUUUGUGGCGUGA